AUGUUCAACUCCCCAAGGACAAUGGCUAUGGUAUUCACCACAGGCAACUACUGUCAAAAGCUGGCUCGCACUACCUCGGUGCGAUGCCUGAGCAACAGCAGCAGUGACCCGACUAACGUCUGGAAACUAAGUCUGGAGGACGAAGCUCGAUAUUGGAAGGGCUAUCUGACCACACGCCCCAAGUACUCCGAUGACUUUUUCAAUCUUAUUUAUGACUACCACCGCGCACACAGUGGCUCCUUCGCCGUUGCACAUGAUGUUGGCGCAGGCCCGGGACAGGUAUCAGCCAAAUUGGCCCAACGAUUCGCUCACAUCGUCGUCAGUGAUAACAAUUCCAACCACGUCGACUACGCGCGUCACAUGCUUGAACAAACCAGAUAUUCUCAACAGCAGCAGAAACCUCGCUUCUCGUUCGCCGUAACCAAGGGAGAAGAGCUGGGAGGCCGCUACCCGUCAGCAUCGGCCGACCUAGUAGCAUGUGCGCUUAUGUUUCCCCUAAUGGAUACGGAAGCAGCCCUACGGAGCUUCGGUCACAUCCUUAAGCCUGGAGGCACGCUCGCCAUCUGGUUUUACGGUCGAGCACAUUUCGCGGAGUCCGGACCCACAACGGCACGACGCCAGUCCCUGCUGGAUUGCAUCAUUGACCAUCACUUCGGGGCAGUCAUCCAAGGCCAGGGUCCCGCCCACCGCGCCGGCUGGAAGCGCGCUGCAGAUGGCAUGGCGAGCUGGCUGGAUUAUAUUCCGUUCGCUGCUCAAGACUGGACGGCUGUGGAGCGCCGGAAGUGGAACUCUACGUGGACAAAUAUGGGCUUCUUUAGCCCUCGUGCGUGCGAUUUUCCUGUGCAGCCUGUCAGUCGAGUUGGUGCAACCGAGACCCUGCAUGAGAUUGAGGACCGUCAGCUCUGGCGCAAGAAUUGGACGGUCGCGGAGCUGAAGGCAUUUGUCGAAUACAUCUUCCCCUUUUGCCACUUGGACAGGGAGCCGGUGCAGCCAUUGUGGGAGCGUCUGCAGGCAGAAAUGGGUGGCGUUCAUGCUAAGCAGGCCUUCUCGUGGCCAGCGGUUUUGAUUCUGGCUUCACGGAGGUAG